AUGCCGCCGGCUCCCUCAUCACGCCGCGUCCGUCGACGUCGAAUCGCCGAAGAGGACCGUCAGCGGGCCCCGAGAGCAUGCACCCGUUGCAAGGCUCGGAAAAGCAAAUGCAUUGAGACACCAUCGGGUAUCUGCCAACGAUGCCAGCAAGGAUCCUACACAUGCAGCUUCGAGCGGCAGGAAACGCCUACGCCAGGACCACGAGAUUUGGAGGCUUCGGCACUACAUCAAACUCCACCAUCGAAUUUGACACCGACCUCGAACGCCGGACCUCUUGCCGAUGGCCCAGAAGACCCUCCUUCGCGGCGGGAUCUAUGUUCCGAUGGCGAUGCCCCUGAGAACUUCAUGUGGCCUCGCUUCCUGUCCCGUCUCAGAAACGCCUUCUACCUCGAGCCACAUCCGUCACCUGCCGAGAGAGAUAUGACCAGACUGGAGGCCGAUCUAGCAUAUACUUCAUCGAUUCCGAAGUCUGCAGAAGGUCUUCGUCUGCAAGCUGCCAUCGGCAUCCUGCCGCCCUGGCCAGUAGCAGACUUUUUGGCUACGCUAUGCAUAAUGCACGGGACCGACUGUUUCUUCUAUUUUGACCAGCAAGAGUUUUUAGCGCAGUUACGGGAGUUCUACGAUAAUGAUAGAUCCCCCCUUCGCCGGGACGCCAGUUUUGUAUGUCUGUUGCUCGCGGUUUUUGCCCUCGGCAGUCAAUGGACCCCACGAGCACGCCCGGAAGGCAUAGAUGCCCCAAUCUGUCCAGGUGACCCAGGUCAAAUUUUCGGCGAUCAUGCUCGCAUUCUCAUGGCCGAUACUAUGGACCGAGUGAGCAUGUACUCCGUCAAGGCCGCAUUUGUUCUGGGCGCCUAUCUUAUGCCAUCAAGUGCCAUCGGUGCCUCCUAUUUAUACAUGGGGUUGGCACUGAGAAAGGCACUUAUACUUGGUCUUCAUCAGGAAAUAGACGACCCUAGCAUCCUUGACCAUGAAAAGGAGAUGAGACGCCGCUUAUGGUGGGCCAUUUAUUCACUUGAAAGGACCCUAACUAUCAAACUGAACAGGCCUAGAUCUGUCACUCAGGACAUCAUUACAGCCAGGUUACCUAAUCUAACGCCUGAUGAUUAUGGUCAACCAUAUCGCAAUGUUUUGCACCAAAUCGCAAAUGCCGAGUUUGUUAAAGUCAUCGACAAACUCGUUGAACCAGCGAAUUGGUCGAGCGAUUCUCAACUUCCACUAAAGGAGUACCAUGAUCUUCUGAAGUCUUACAAGAAUGACCACCUGACGGGUCUGGAUUUGACAAAUCUGGACCCGAGGUCUCCUUACUAUCGCGCUAUCUUCCAUCUCCACCUCAACUAUCACUUUGCAUGGAUAGCUAUUGGUAAAUCAUCUGUUGUGGCAAUGACUCGAUUCUAUUUGCGAAAGAACCAAUCUACAGACGCCAUCAUUGACGGAGUCAGUCUCAUGUCGGGCCCGUUUCGUUAUUGCAAAAAAGCAGCUCAAAAGAUGCUCGGUCUUCUCGAGAGCGCUAGUCAGUCUGGAAAUCUUGCACCUAGCUCUUUUACAGACUUUCAAGCUUGCAGUAUCGCUACCAUCAUGCUGGUGCUGACCGGUAUCACAUCCAGGGAUCCAGAGUACAACGCUCAGGUAGCGUUCGGCCUGGAUUGCCUUCGGAAAAUGUCUAACAUGCACACUGCUGGUCGCAUGGCAAUCAACUUUGUGAAAGCUCUCAUGGCCAUUGCAGAAGAAGCACGUUCAAAGAUAAGACUUGUGGGAGGAGCAUCAGAAGCCCAGGACACCCGCGAGGAAGGGUCAUCGGAAUUAGCCUAUAUAGCUUGGGCUGACUGGUUCUCCAGCACCACAGCAGUCUCAGGCAUCGCGCCUUCUGCGCCUGGAGGGCUUCUGAGCAACCCAGCGGCAUCGGGAUCAGGCGGAAGGUUGUGGGAAGAGGCUUCUGCCCUUCUGCAACUGCGCAAUCUAUCCACACCUGGCAUGUCUCGCCCUCUCCGAAGUCAACCUGGCCUCGAUGCCGAUCGCACUGGCGAUGAUGUCUUACCGCCGCCGCCACAGACCACGGCAAAUCAAAGACAACCAUCCGUCGAAACAGACCUCAACAUCGACUUGCAGAUGUUCAGCGAAAAUCACCUGCAGCUGAUGGGUCUUACUGGAAUGGACAUGUUAGAUUUUGAUUUUGGGUUCAAUUGA